ACUCUCAAAAAUAGUGAGGACCGUCAAUGGAAUAAUUCCGAACUCCGAGAUUCCGCGAUUGUAACUCCUUCAGAAGCCAAUGAUUCUACUACUUGCUCUUACGCAACAAUCUCAGAUAUUUCACCUGACCUUAUUACUUACUUAUCUAACUUAGAAUGCCGCAUUCAAAGACUAGAAACAAGACACAUUUCGAAUAAUUCAAAUCCAUUCAUACAAUUAGAAACUGAAAACAGCAAUAGUCUUCUUUAUUCUACCGACUUUGUUACUUUUUUAGUUAAUUUAGAAAAUCGAGUUCAGCAGUUAGAAAAUACAACUUUAUAA